AUGGAGGACAAACAAUUAAUGGAGAAGCUGAAGGCAGCCAACUUUGAUUUAAUGUUGACCGAUCCUGGAUUUGCAGGAGGAGUUGUAUUGGGGAAUUACUCGUUCGUUGGAUCACUAAUGCAGAGGGACACUUUGAGAUUGCACCUUCGCCUAUUUCUUACAUUCCAACUAUCGGGUCGCUGGUCACAGAUAAAAUUAGCUUAGCCAACAAACUGAAAAACGUAUUGCAUUAUGGAAUCGCUAUUUAUAUUGAUUAUGGCAUAACAAGAUCCUUAUACCAGGGUGUGAUCAACAAAUACAUCGAUCCAAACACCAACAUCUAUUGUCUCAUUCAGGGGGCUGACCUAUGGCUGAUGAGGGUGGACUUGUCUUUGGGGAGUCUGCUGGGUAGCCUCCUACUAGAGAUCUCAGAGGUCAUUGCAGCUGCCUUCGCCCUCCUGCCUCAGAAGGUGGUGUGGAGACACACGGGAGAGAAGCCCUCUACUCUAGGCAAUAAACACACUGCUGGUGAACUGGCUGCCUCAGAACGACCUACUGGGCCAUCCCAAAACAAGAGCCUUUGUGACGCACAGGGGCACCAAUGGGAUCUAUGAGGCCAUCUACCAUGGGGUUCCCAUGUUAGGCCUUCCUCUCAUCUUUGACCACAUGCUGCAUCUACAGGCCAGGGGUGUGGCUAAGGUUCUCGAGGUGACGUCCCUAAAGGUGGAACCUAUGACACAGGCACUGACAGACAUCCUGGACAAGAGGAAGCCCUACAGAGAGAAUAUGCACAGGAUGUCGAAGCUCCACCACGAUACACCUCUCAAACCAAUGGACAACACCAUCUUCUGGCUAGAAUUUGCUAUGAGACACAAGGGUGCAGCACACUUGCACACUGAGUCCUACAAGAUACCCUGGUAUGCUUACCACAAUGUGGAUGUGCUGGUACUUCUCCUGACUGUUGUAGUCUCUGUCCUGUUACUAACUCUAAUGACUUGCAAGGUUUUAGGUAGGGCACUUUGCUGA